UCACUGGGAUCAUCACUUCCGGGUACGGGGUUACUCCGAUGUUCCAGGAGUCAAAGUCAUGCUUCCAUUAACUAAAAGGAACAAGACCGUGGUCCAAGCACUGCUCAGGGCUGGAUCCUGCCCUCGAUGUGUGCUGCGAUUCUGUUGCCUGGGAAACCAAGCUACAUACAGACUUUCUUCCAAGGAAUUGUUCACUGAACUCUGCAAAUUCUUGAAUGAUGAUGAUGAAUGCAAGUCUGAACGAAUAGAAAAUGAUCAACCACUUUGUAAGAAAAUCAGAUUGGAGGAUUGUGAAAAUAAUGAAAUGGAUUCUGACAAAAAUGGAGCUACAAAACUGUCAUCAAAUGAACUUUUGGAUCCUGAUGUUGGUGUUCGAACCUGCACGGUAUGUCUGGGUGUUCUACAGGACCUUUGUGAAAAAGAUUUUGUGAAAAAGGUGUGUGAUAAAGUGGAAUCUGCUGGUUAUCAUUUUAGCAGUCUUGUAUUUUCAGUUUCACUGCCACCACAGCUCUUAGUCAGAGAGCAUGCCGUUUGGUUGCUGGUAAAACAGGAAGCAGGGCAACAAGGAAGUGUUUUGACAAAAGGUGAUAUUUUACAACUUAAGGAGGUUUACAAGUGGAUAACCCACCCACUGCUUUCCGAAGAACUGGGUGUUCCUGUGGUUGUGAAGAGUUUAUUCGAAGUGAGCGUGAUCUUUGCUCAUCCUGAAACUGAUGGAGAUUGCCAUUUUCUGGCCACAGUAUGUCGUGACUGCUUCAGACCAACGAAAAACAAGCAGUCCAUUUUCACUAGAAUGGCAGUGAUGAAAGCUUUGGAGAAGAUAAAAGAUGAUGACUUCCUUAAACAGUUUCCUUAUAAGCUUGAAGCGCCUAAAGGCUCUUGUAUUGUUCAGGAAAUUCAGUGCACACAUAAUUCGGUCUAUGUGGCAGGCCGAUAUAACAAGUUCUCCAGAACUCUACCACAGACUCCUUGGGUAAUAGAUGGAGAGAGAAAAAUGGAAUCCUCUGUAGAAGAACUUAUAGGAUUGCCUUUGAAGAAAAUGUUUCAAGUGGACAAUUUUAAUUUUUCAUCUUCGGGAAGGGAAGAUGUUGAUGUAAGAGCCUUGGGAAAUGGUAGACCCUUUGCAAUUGAACUGCUUAACCCACGUAAAACAUCUUUUCUACAACAAGACAUAAAAGAGCUUCAACAGAAAAUUAAUAACUCUACUGAUAAAAUUCGAGUUCGGGAUUUACAGAUAGUGACCAGGGAAGCGAUAGGACAUAUGAAGGAAGGUGAAGAAGAGAAGACAAAAUCAUAUAGUGCUCUAAUUUGGACAGAGAAAGCCAUAGAAAGGAACGAUAUAAAUUUUCUCCAGGAUAUAAAGGACCUAAAAAUUGACCAGAGGACUCCGUUGAGAGUUCUUCACCGAAGACCCCUGGCCGUAAGGACACGGGUAAUACACAACAUGGAAGUAGAAUACGUAGAUCAACAUCAUUUUCGUCUUUAUUUGAAGACUCAAGCUGGAUCCUACGUUAAAGAGUUUGUACAUGGAGAUUUUGGACGUACAAAGCCAAAUCUAGGCACGCUAAUGAACACAACGACAGACAUUCUUGAACUUGAUGUGGAGUCUGUAGAUGUUGACUGGCCUCCAAAAUUGGAUGAAUGAGUCAUCGAGUCUAUUCAAUUGCUGGAUAAUCGUGCCCAAUUAUAGCUACAACCAAAAAAAAAUUCAAAUAUAUUGUUGGAACUGGUUUGCUUUGAAGAAAAAUUUAAAAAUAAGUUAACUUAAUAUUACCUGAUGAUUUGGUUGCAAAAUAAAUUCACAAUGGCUUUUGGAUCAAAUAAAGAACUAAUUUGAAAGAU